AUGCCACCCCCAACCUCACCCCCAACCCCUCUAACCCCCACAACCCUCUUCUCCGCCCUAGUCCUCGGCGCCGGCCCCGCCGGCCUAAGCGCCGCCCUCUCCCUCAGCCGCCUCGCGCACCCGGUAGCAAUCUUCACCACCGCCACCUUCCGUAACGAACGCGCCCAGCACGCCCACACGAUCCUUUCGCGGGACCACACGCCGCCCGCGGAGAUCCGGCGGGUCGCGAGGGAGCAGAUCGAAGCGUAUGGCACGACGGUGUUCAUCGAGCGGGGGGUUGUCAAGGCGAGGAGGGUGCAUGGGGGGUUUGAGGUGGAGGAUGGGGAAGGGGGAAAGUGGAGGGGGAGGAAGAUUGUGUUGGCGAUGGGGGUGAGGGAUGUUCUUCCUACGCGGAUAGAAGGGUAUGUGGAGAAUUGGGGGACGAAUAUUUAUCAGUGUCUGUUUUGUGAUGGGAUUGAACGGUCUGACAGACCUGCUGGUUUGCUUGGGUUUCCGAAUGCUAUGGCGGGGCAUAAUGUGGGCAUGAUGGUGCAGAUGGGAUGUCCGAAUGUUACGAUUUUUGGGGAUGGGGAGUUGGAGGUGAAAGAUGAGGCGACGAGGAAGGCGUUGGAGAUUGCGAAGUUGAAAGGCGCGGUGGUGGACGAGAGGAGGAUUGAGAAGCUUGUGAAUCUUGGUGAAGAGAAUGGGGUUGAGAUUCGGUUCGGGGACGGUUCGAGCGAGAGGCUUGGGUUUCUGGUUCAUAAGCCUGAUGUUGAAAUCGUUUCCCCGGAGAUCGCUCGCGGGCUGGGUGUGGAAAUCAUUGAUGAUGGAUUUGGUGGUCAGAUGUUGAAGCGGAACGAGCCUUUUGGGGAGACGAACGUGAAAGGCGUCUUGACUGCCGGUGAUGCGAGCAUUUUGAUGCGGCAGGUGACUGCGGCCAUGUUCCAGGGUGGCGCGGCUGGUGCAGGAGUGCAUUUCUUGAUUUCCCAGGAUGAAGAACGGGAGCUUGAGAAGAAGUUGCAGGACUCGAAGGCGUAG